AUGCGUGGGGGUGCUGAGCCUGAGGGUACUAAGCCAGCAGUUGCUGAGACUGGGGGUGCUGAGUCUACUGGAGUUCCUGCAAGUGCCUCAUCUCGGCGGGAGCCUCGCUCUCCACCGCAGCUGCGCGAGUGGUUUGCUCGCCGCUGGAGACUCCAGCGAGGAGCUGCUGGAGCUGAGGGCACUGCCGCUGGAGCCCCGGGAGCUGGUGCUACUGGAGCUGUUGGAGCUGGAGGUGCUGCUGGAGCUGUAGCUGCUGGAGGUCCUGCUGGUGCUGGAGCUGCCGGAGGUGCUCGUACUGGAGGUACAGGAGCUGCUGGAGCUGGUGGUGCUGCAGGAGUUGGAGCUGGCGGCGUUGGAGCUGGUGCUGCUGGAGCUGGAGCUGCUCGAGGUGCAGGAGCUGGUGGUGCUGCGGGAGUUGGAGCUGGAGACCCUGGAGCUGGGGGAACUGGUGCAGUCUCUGCUGGUUCAGAAGGCGCUGCGCGGCCGUGGCCGUACUUCGCUCCACUACUUCAGCAGGUUCUCGGCCUCCGACCUUCUACUAGUCCCACUCUUCCCGUACUGUGUCCACAACCUGCCCCGUCGCAGUCGCAGCUACAGCCAGCCUCUCCACUGCCUGGUCCUUCUCCUUACUUUGGGCCGACUAGAGGUCUUACGGAGCGUCCAUUCUCCUGCUGUCACAGGCACACACCAGAUGGUACUUCGUCCUUCCACUGCUCCACAGCGUGUCCCUCUAUCGUCUCCUCCUGCGUCCUCCCUUGUUGA